CAAUAAACGUCGAGGUAACGAGCACGAAGGCAGCGAUUGGAUCGUUUAAAAAGCACCGCCAUUGGGUUAUGCAUUUUAAAACUUCCAGAAUAAACACCACACACUGUCCGUAGCACUUUGUCUCUCGCAUAUAUACCUAUUUUUAUUUGCAGUGCUUUUAGGCGAAAUGGCUGAUGACUGUCCUGCGGGCAGAUAUGAUUUCGACGCGCCUUCCCACGUCGUCGACUUAAAGCAGUUAGCCAACGAGUCUUUCGAUGAUGCAUGGUUCGAUCGACAAGCCAUCGAGCAGCCACAUUGUGGAACCCCUAAUCCUACAACCAUUGCAGGCCCAAUGAGAGUUCCGGUUACAGGUGCUGUUUUAAAGUCUGCUGACUCCAAACCACAUGACAGUGGUGCAAUGGGGAAAACGCAGCCCAAAGAUGAACCAAGCAGGUGCCUGUCUGACGCAGGUUCAAAGCGGAAGUUGCCAGAUGGUCCGUCUUCACGGCGUUCUAAAGUGUCUAAAAGUGCUGAGGACCAAGUAGAGAUCUGCAGUGACGUCAACAAUGAAGCAGAAGCAAUUUGUGAUGGAGAAACUGAAUUGACUUCAUCGGAGAGUCUCCCUCAAGAAGAACCUUGCACAUCAACACACGUGCUCGGUGGUUGCAGUGUGGGCAAACCUGGCAGGCCACUAAAAAGUAACAAGACAAAGGUGGUCAAAUCCGUCUACGUACCAGUGGCCGAACACAUCAUGCAGUUACAGAAGCGAACCCCUCAACGCUUCCGUGAGCUGAGUCGGGUUGAAAGAGCCAAAGGACCGCCAAAAGCAAAGGUCCAGCGAUUGCAGCUCACUCGACCUCAGUCUCCAAAGUUCGCAACAAGACUGAGGAGCCGACCCAUCGGAGUUAAGAGCAGUGCUCAACUGGAGGCUGAAAAGGAAGAGGAACGUCUCAAGUCAACUUUCAAAGCCCAAGAGCUGAAGAAAAAAAUUCUUGAGAGAAGAGACUCUGUGAAGAAACCGGUGGUGAAGGAUCCCACUGUACAAGAGGCUUUCACCAUGCACAUUGAAAAGCGGCUCCAGGAAAGGCAGGCAAGCAAACCCCAAGAUGAGCCCCAGUCUGCGUUCAAAGCACAAGAACUGCCCAAGAAGAUCCUGCAAGGAGUAGUGGGAGUGCCAAUGAAGAAAGUGAAACACGCAACCGUGCCUCAUUCACCAGCCUUCACCCUCCCAAAGAAAGAGCGUGUUGACGUGAAAGCCGAAGAGGUGAAACCUGUGCCUUCAGUCAAGCAUACUCCAGUUCCUCAAUUUGGCACGCCAUUCCAGCCCAUGCUGCAGGACAAGCGGCACACGGAGGUGUGUCCUUUCUCAUUUGAGCAAAGGGAGCAAGAGAAGAAGAAACUCAAGGAGAUCAGUGAGCAAAAGGAGCAGGAGGUUCCAGUGUUCAAGGCUCAUCCAUUGCCAUACUUUGACAAGAUCAAUCUCCCUGAAAAGAAGAAGCUGGAGCUCACAAAGCCCGAGCCUUUCAGACUUCUGCUGGAUGAACGUGGAUCAGUCAAGAAUGACCGCUUGGAACAAAUGAUGAAAGAGGAGGAGAAAAAAAUAAAGGAUGCAGCAAUAUUUAAAGCCAGGCUGAACAAAGUCACCCACAAAGAACCUUUCCAGCCGAAAAAGGAGGAUCGCCCCCCAGUAGUCGUGGAGUCUUUUGAGCUGGCAACCGAGCAACGUGCCCGAAACCGUGAAAGGUUUCAGGAGCAUCUUUGUCAGAAGGAGGCUGACGAAGCACUUCGACAGGAGAGACUGAAGAGGGAGGAAGAGGAGAAGCUGAAACAAGAGCUCGCUGAACUUCGACACCAACAAGUCCACAAGGCGCAACCCAUUCGCCACUACAAGACUGUGGAAGUGAAGAAAAGUGAGGUUCCACUCACAGUCCCACAGUCGCCAAAUCUUUCUGACCGCUUCCGCUUGUAAUCAUCCUUCCUUUUAUUGUUAUUUCCAGUAUUUGUAGUUGCCGUUUUUACAAUAAAGUUCGAAUAAGCAUUCCCA